AUGUCUGACCAACAAACUUGCCAAACAUCUCAAAGGAAAGCGUCCGCCAACAAGAAUAUCAAGAAGCGUCGCAACCUAAACACGGUGUGUGGCCUGGCGAACAGUUGGCAGCAGUGGAUUUCUGAGAAUGAGGCGAAGCAGGCUGCAGAGCCUAGUGGAUGGUGUCCAUCAUGGAUGGGAGAACCAACAGAGGUACCCAAAAAGACUUGGAUCCCAAAGAAGUCCAUUGCAAGACAGAAAACAGAAGAUGCUCAGAAUCGAUCAGUUGCUUCUAAAGGUGCACCUGAAACUGAAAAAGUACCGCUGAUCUCAUCCUCUAUCAAGACAAAGUUGGUGGUGAAGACUGUGACCAGCCACCCGCAAGAAAGAAGUGCUGGAAUUAAGUUCCUGACUAACAGGAUUGAGAAAGAGGCUCAACCAUCGAACGAGGACAUAGACAGGUUGCUAAAGACAAGACUCUCUCCAACGCGCCGCAGAAAGUGUACCAACAUGGUCUCAUCGCUAACCCAAAGCUGGAGGGAGGUGGAGAAUGAACAGAAGCUUCAAAAUGAAGGUGCUCAAGAAGACGAACAGCUUGUUGGUAAUGCCGAUGCAAAGGAUGCUAGAUUUGAAAGACAGGCGGUAAACAUUAAGGACGAUUCUGGAACAUCGCUGACCGACUCAAAGAAAACCUUCGAUGCAGAGUCGUAUGUUAGAAUCAAAAGGCCGCAAGUUUUCAUGUCUGGAAAGGAAGCUGUUGACGCCAAUAAAAUCUGCGCUCGCUCAAAGAAAUACAGCCCUGUUGGGGAUCUCAAGAGCCGCUGGCAGAACUGGGCCUCGGAACACACGGAUACCCAAAAAAUAAACCCCUUCAGUGAAAACUUUGACUAUGACUACUCCAUGUCCCUCCGCCUCCAAAAAGGCCAGGAUGGAUACGGACGUCCCAAGGAGGGGACAAAAACUGCAGAGCGAGCAAAACGUGCUGAGCAACACAUCCAUCGGGAGAUUGACGAUAUGUGUUACAUAAUCAGGAUUAUGGCUGACCCUGACCCAGAUGGGAAGACCAGGAUUACAUUUGGAGAACUGUUUGAAAGAUAUGUCCGGAUCUCCGAUAAGGUGGUGGGGAUUCUAAUGAGAGCCCGGAAACAUGGGAAAGUCCACUUUGAAGGGGAAAUGCUGUGGCAAGGACAGGAUGAUGGAGUGAUCAUCACUCUGCUAGUAUAA